GUUGCCCAGUAUGUCAUGACAGUAUCUUCUACUCAAGAUUAUCACUUAUUAGUGAAUAUGAUGAACCAGGAUAUUGUGGGCAAUAAUAUUUAUAAUGACACUCUAACUAUUUUUUCAAUACAACUACACAAUACUAAUGACAAUUCUAGUACUGCAGUGAUACUAGUUACUGUUGUCAUAGCAACAGAGGAGGGGUCAGGGUGUCCAUUGAGAUGUAGAGAAGAAUUGAUCGAGUUUUUUAAUUUGAGAGGAUCAAGUUUUAAACCGUCUUUCACUGUCACUGGCAAUAUUACAAGAUUUGAUGGUUGUGACUCAGAAGUUACUGAUUCAACAUUCAAUUGGACAGAAGUUAAUAUUGGGAGUACAUUAAGAAUAGACUGUCCUUGUGGUGGUCUGUCAUUAGGGACUGGUUCACCAGUAGCUAUAAGAGCUUGUACUGGUAGUUUCACUAAUGGAGCAUCUUGGACUGAACCCAAUACUACACAAUGUGACUUUACUAAUGAUGUACUCUCUUUAUGUAAUGUAACACAGUUGAAUUCCACCUUUCAAAAACUAACCGAGUUAGAGUCACUGAUUGCUUCACCACUGGACAGUGUUCAGCUGCUCAUUACUGUUAGUCUAAUGGAGACUUUGAAUGCAGAGGCCUCUGAAUCAAAUACUUCAUUAGACGUAUUUUUGAACAUUUUAGAAAGAGUUAUUAGUCAAGACUCGGAUUUGCUCCAGUCUACUCAGACUACAAGUAAUACUUCGCUUAGAGUCUUGCAGAUCAUUGAUGAUACAUUAGCUCAGAUGCCUCUUCCUUCCAGCUCACUGAUAAUGACUCGUCCUUCCUUUACUCUAGCAGUCCAGGAAGUCCCACCAUCAGAUGGAGCCGUUUUCUCUUUAUCACGAAACCAAAGCGUUUCUCUCACAUAUUCUAAUACUUCUACCGACCCCAUGUCUUUAAUCCUUCCUAGUAACUUUACUUUUAGCUCCUCUGAUUCUGUUAGACUCACUCAUGUUAUUUUUAAUUCUUCUGCACUCUUUCCGAAUCUUCCUUCAAAUCAGCGUGUGGCCAGUCUUGUCAUGGCAACGUCUUUAAUUGGCCACACCCUCUCAUCUCUUGUGAAUAUCACGUUUGAAAGGACUGAAGUUGAAGAGAGUUUCUCAAUGGAGGCUUGCAAUUUUUUUAACUUUUCACUAAAUGGCAAUCAAGGAAAGUGGUCUACCAAAGGCUGUCAAACAUCAUUCAUUAAUAAUAAGAUACGCUGCACUUGCGAUCAUUUAACUCACUUUGCAGUUAUUGCAACAUCUUCAGAAGCAGAACCACCUACUGUUGAGAUGGCUGACCCACCCUCUUAUCUAUUGGCACUGGAGUCUUUGUCCAUUGUAGCUGUGUCUUUCUCUCUUGUUUUCUUUAUCAUAACUUUAGUCCUGUUCUUGGGUACCUGGAAAUUACGUAUCAAGACUCCAAUUCAAUUACUUGUCAAUGUCUGUGUUUCUCUCCUCCUCCUCUAUCUCAUGUACAUUGGUGCUCUCUAUGCUAGGACUCAUGAAAAUGCCUGCAUUGUCUUUUCUUCAUUUCUUCAUUAUGCAUUCUCAGUCUCCCUCCUUAGUUUCGUAGGCCACAGCAUUCACAUCACACUCAAGGGAUGCUGUAUGCCUAUUAAACACUACACACUCAUUGCUGUUAUACUCUGCUGGGUCUUGCCUCUGUUCUUGGUGACAUUUUGUGUGGCCCCUGGAUAUCAUUUAUACACAAGUCAAAGAUUUUGUAUUCCUCAGAAAGUGCCAUUCUAUGUUGGGUUUGUGGUCCCAUUCAUUGUUUGCAGUAUAGUAACUGGAGUAUCACUACUCAUUACUGGAAUAAUGCUAGCAAGAAUAUCAUUCAAAAGUGUCCUAUCUCAAGAAUAUCUCUCUUCUCUCUCUCUCUUCCUUCUCUUUACAAUCGGGUGGAUAAUGGUUCUCUCUAAAGCCAACGCUUCAGCUCCUGUUGCAGCUGCACUUGAAGCAAUAUUCCUAGUUUUUGGCGCUCCCUUGGGUUUCUAUGUGUUUCUAAUGUGUGCUCUUGCAUCGGGUGACGUGAGGACUAUAUGGCAGAAGAAGUUUGGUAAAGUUAUUCGCAAGUGUAGCGUGAAGCUUAAUGAGUCAACUGAUGCAUCAAGUAAAGGGAAAAGGGAUUCAUCUUUGCCAUCAUCAGUAAAGGAACCUUCCAUGAAUAAAAAUGAUUCCAGCGAUAACAAGGAAGUAAAAGAUAGAGCCAAAGAAGAUAAUGCAUCAAACUCUUCCGACAUUGAUGUAUAGAAGCACUCAUGCAAGCUCAUAAAGAACCAUGCAUACUAUAUUUGGGAUUUUUGAUGAUUUUUUAUUUCCAUGCAGAAAUUUAAUUUAUGUCUCAUCCACAUAAAUGUAAUCCGCCAUUUCAAAUUUAUUGUUACUAUUAUUAUUAUUAUCAUUAUUAUUAUUAUUAUUAAUUUUUUAUGUCUGUUAUAGAAAUUUCAGCUAUCACAUUAAUUUUAUUAUUAUUUAA